CCGGCGGCGGCGACGAUGGCGGAGGUCGCCGAGGCGGGGGGCGCGGUGUCCGCGGUCGCGGUGUCCGCGCUGCGGCCGCGGCUGGCGGCGCUGGGCCGGCGGCUGGCGGCGCCGAGGGGAGCGGGCGGCGACGAUACCUUCUUAGCAAAGGGCUCUGCUACUCUGGACAAGUUGAAGGACCUCUGUAACGAAGGGAAAGAACAACCUUCCACACUUUUGCAGCUCUAUACGCAGGCUGUCUUAGACAUUACGUAUUCUGAGGAAAACCAGCUCGUGGAUGAAGAUUUCCCAGAAGAAUCUUCCCUGCAAAAAGUUGAAGAACUUAUUUCUGUUCUCUCAGAACCAGAAGACCUAGUGAGGGAGUGCAGCAUAAAUGAAGAACCCAUCAACAUCCUUGGUGCAGAGGUGUUAGAAUGUCUUUACUGGAGAAAAGGAGCCCUGCUUUACAUGCAUUGUCAUACAGCAAAAGAAAGGAGUGAAUGGCUACAAGAAAACAUGGCCAUAUUUAAAAAGUGUCUUAAUGAUGGAGUUCACUACUUGAUGAAGAUGCUUAGCUUUAGAUGCCCUCUUCAGCUAAAUGAAGAUGUCUCACUUCAAGAUAAAGACACAGCUAAAUUACUCAGUGAAGGUAUAUUUAGUGACACUCACUUACUGGCAAUGAUGUACAGUGGAGAAAUGUGCUACUGGGGACUGCGACUGUGUGGAGAAGGGAGGCAGGAAAGCCUUGAGACGAUAGGUUCCGUCUCUAACAGUGACCUGGGCUGCAGAUCACAGAGCGUGCCGCUGGAUUUCCGAGAAACGGGCAAAAACAUGUUAAUGAAGUAUGUGGCUGCCUGUGAGGGGCCUUUAAGAGGCCGAGGGUGGAACACAACAACAGCAAAGGAAAUGUUGUGUUACUUCCUGACAUCCCACAACUAAAAACCGCUGCUUUAGCUGUGCUGGAAGAAACCUUGUGUCUGCAAAGCUCGCUUAGGGAGCUGGUCUCUGCUUCAGUGUCUGACCGUUCUUCUUCUCAAAAUGUAUGCUUCUCUCGCAUUAAAAACGUGCGUUCAAAGAA